GUGGUCGAGGGAGGGGGGCACGGCUCGCAGCCUGGGACCCCCGUCCCCGGUGCUGGGCACAGAGGUGAGGGGCUGGGUGGGGAAGGCGCAGCCCCAUUGCGGGCACUGGGUGCAGGUGGGUCCCGCACGCGAUGGGCUGGUGCCCGGGCAGCCUCUCCUUUGUGCUGCUGCUCCUGCAGCCGGGGGUCCCCCCUCUCCUGCCCUCCCCCUUGCCCCAAUACCCUCAGACCACCCCCACCUCCCCAGUGCACAGCGGUACCCCCUGCAUGGGGCUGGGGGGGGAGUUUGGGGCUGGGACCCCGAGCCCUCCACAGGAACUGGGGCUCUCCCCCCUGGGCAGGGGUAGGAGGGCAGAAAGGACCCCGCAGACGUGGGGGGAGCACAUGGCACCGGGGGGAGGAUGGGGGCUCUGUGCCUGGCCUGGGUGGCACCUGGUGCCUCUGGGGUGGGGCUCGGGCAUCCGGCUUGGCACCAGGCGUUGGGGGGCCACGUCCCCCCCACGGGGUUUGCUCCUGGUGUCCCCCGGGGCGAGCAGAAAAGUCUUCUCCAGCAGCAGAGGGGGGCUUGUGCCCCCCGGGACCCUUGUGCCCAGCCCAGGGACCAGGUGGGGACAUUUGGCGGUGGGGAGGGACUGGGCUUUAGUGGGGCCCUGGGCCUCACCUGCGUAAGCAGUUUGGGGUGGGGGGGUGCCAGAGUUUAUUUGAGUGUAGGGCGAGGCAGUGGCCGGGCCGGUAAUGAUUAACCCCAGGCUGAAUGAGAGGAUGAGGCCCCCCAUCUACAGGGGGGCUGCGGGGCUCCAGCCCCCACCCCAUGCUCCCCACCAGCUCCCAGGAGCCAUGACACAGCCGGGACCCCCCUGCACGAGGACCCCAAAACCAAUGCCCCUGCCCUAGGCCACGUCCCAUGGCAUGGGGGGGAUGCUGUGGCAGGGUCCCCUCCCCAGUCCCCAAACUGGGAGAGCGCAGAGCCACGAGGGGACCCCAGGAUGGAAGGCACGGAGCUGCAGGGGGACCCCAGCACAGGACGGAGAGUGCCCCAGGGGUCCCGGGGCUGGGAUGGCACCCUCGUGCCCUGCAUCAAGCAGGGUGGAGGGGCCCCCCCUUCACCACGUGCAGGUCGGGGCUGGUGGCGGGGUGGGGCCUCCCCACCUGCUCCAGGUGCUCUAUAAAGCUGCAGCCGCCGCUGAGCCACCAGUCCCCGACCGCGCAACACCGCUGCCUAACGGGAGGAGCAGCUGCCGCUGAGCCCCCCCCACAGGCACUGGGCCCCCCCUGGACGAGCCCCAUGGAGGUCACCGCGCUUCUGCCGCUGCUGCUCGUGGUGCUGGGUGCAGGUACGCACGCCUUGAACACCACCACCGCCAAGACCACCACCACCGAGACCACCACCACCGAGACAACCACCACAGAGACCACCACCACCGAGACCACCACCGUGGAGACCACCACCACUGAGACAACGGUGAUGACGCCCACCCUGAACAACGCCACCUCCCAGAACACCAGCAGCAACGGGUCCCACGGCUCUGUCCCCCCCCAUGUGACCGUGUUCCCAACGGGCAACAGCUCUGCCGGCAAUGACACAACCGACAGCACCGUGGUGACUGUCUCCAUUAUCCCUCUGUUCCCCCACAACAACAUCAGCGCAAAUGACAGCAAUGGGGUCCCCCCCUCCAAAGCCAGCACCGCAACCGACGGCAGCUCCGUGGGUCCCACGUCCAAGACCAACGCCACCACGAACAGCAGCGCCGAGGUUGUCCCCACAAAGACAGCCUCUGUCACCUCUCAGGGCAGCACAGCGCACAGCAAGACCCCCAUGGCCGUGCUCGGGAGCAGCGGGGGUCCCAACCCCAGCAAAGCCGCAGCUCUGCCUCCCACCGUGGUCCAGCUGCUCCUCCGCGUCCCGCUGUCCUUCCGCAUUCUGAACAGAAACUUCAGCCAGAGCCUGCUCGAUCCCACGUCGAAGGAGUACAGGAGCCUGAGCCGCGCUGUCCUGACCAUGUUUGAAAGUGUCUUUGGCUGCACAAGCUGCAUGGGCAGGCAGACCUACAAGGGAUGCAGUGAGCUCCGAUUCAGCCAAGGGUCGGUGGCGGUGCAAUCCACCCUCGUGUUUGGGCACAGCGAGGACUCCGUCACGAGUGACUCUGCCGAGAAGAAGCUGAGAAGCCAGCUGGACUCGAACGGGUACAUCAUGGACCUGCAGCUGGCCGACAUCCAAAGUGGCGUGGAAGUGACGGCCCCGGUGGAGCAGCCUCAGGUUCCGGACUGGGCCAUUGCUCUGCUGGUCCUGGUCUGCAUCCUGGUGCUGCUGAGCAUCCUCAUCUGUGCUCUCCUGACCACCUGCUCUUGCCGUCGGAAGAGCCGAGGGAAGCUGGACCUGUUCAGCACGAAGGACUCCUACCACCCCAUGGCCCAGUACCCCCCGUACCAGAGCCACGGGCGCUACGUGUCCCCCAACACCAAGCACAACCCCUACAGCCAGGUGGCAGGCACCAUUGCGGGGGGCGGCACCUUCACCUACACCAACCCGUCUGCCUCCUCCGACAACCUCUGAGGGAUGCGAGGGGAUGGGACGGCCGCGACCCCCCCGCUCCUGGGGCGGCAGCACCGGCCCUGGGCACGUCCCCCGGCGCCGCUCAGCCCCUCGCCACGGGCAGCGGGAGCCGGAUGGUUCUGGAGCAGCCGGAUUCGCGCGCAUGACAGAACUGGAAGAACAAAGAUUUGGGCACGAGUGCCCCCCCCCGUACCCCUUUUUCCUCCCUCAUGGCCCCACUCCAAGCCCCCCAGCCUGGCUGUGCGCCCCCUGCUCCGUGCUGCGGGCAGGGGGCUGGGCUCGCAUCCUGCCUGCGCUCGCCCCCCGGGGUCUAAUUGUUCUUUUUGUGGUGUUGUUUUAUAUAAUAUAUAUAUAUAUUUAGGGGAUGGCGGUGCCAGGCUCUGCGGCUGGGCUCCGCGGGGCUGCGGGGUGCGUGGCAGUGGUGUAUUUAUCGCAUUUCACAAUAAAAGGAUGGGCGCAGUCGGGCUUGGUUCCCCGCACAGCCAAGGGG